GCUUUAAGAAGCACUGUCGCCAGUGUCGGUGAAAUAAUCCUGUCGAGAGUGUCGGUAAAUAUGAAAAAGUUUGUCGGACUUCAACCUCUUCCAUCACCUAAGGGAGCUUUAUUUUAUCUAGGACAUAGUUAUUUACUUAGUUCCAAACCACAUGAAACGUUAACAAAAUGGGCUAAAGAAUUAAAAAGUGACAUCUAUUCCGUAAAGAUAGGCGUACUACAUUUCGUUAUUUUAAAUAGUGAUAAGGUUAUUGGAGAAUUACUUCAAAAACGAGGAGCAAUUUACUCAUCCAGACUUGAUUCUCAAGUUUACUUUCGUACUAUAACAAGAGGAUCCGCUAUUGGACUUUCUCCGUAUACAGAGUAUUAUAAGAAAGUUAAAGCGAUAACUGUUGGAAUCCUUUCGCUGCAAAAAACCGAAUCUUACAGUCCAUUAAUUGAUGGAAUUACAAAAGAGAUGCUUUUAGAUAUUAUUCAUGUCUCCACUUCUUUAUCAAAUCCUGAACCAUUAUAUCCGCGUGAAUACCUUCAUCGUGCAACUUUAAAUAUAAUAUUGGAAAUAACGUUCGGAAUUCGUACUAAAAGUAUUAAUGAUCCAUUAUUCAAACGAUUGGACAAAUGGGUAGAAGAUUUUACAUCAAUCUUUUCAAGUGAACAUAGGAAAUCAGAAUAUUUCCCGAUAGUGAAAUAUCUUCCAAACAACAAAACGAUGCAGCAAGCGAAGGUUAUUAGAGAUGAUAUUGAUACAAUUUUUGGUGAACUUUUGGAAGACGUUAAAUCAGGAAAAAAUCAAUCUCCGUGUGUUGCGAGAGAACUUUAUGAACAGGGAGAAUUAGAAGAUUAUCAAAUUGUUCAUUUUCUUGCGAGUCUCGUUUUUGCCGGAACGGAUACAGUAGCAGCAAGUAUAACAUGGUUAUUGGCAUUCUUGGCCAAUAAUCCCUCGUUCCAAGAACCGGCUCACAAUGAACUUGAUACUCUCAUUCCAAAUCAUGAUCGGCUCCCAACUUAUUCUGAUCUUAAAAACCUUUCCUACACUCAUGCAUUAAUUAGGGAAGGCCAAAGAUUUUAUCCACCAACUUGGUUGGGAGUUCAUCAUUUAAAUGAACAAGAUGAUGAAUAUAACGGUUAUCAUAUUCCAGCAAACUCUUUAGUAUUUAUCAAUUCUCACGCAAUUUCAUUCGAUGAACAACGUUAUAAAAAUGCAAAGGAAUUCGAUCCAUAUAGAUUUAUUAAUUUUGAACAAAGUAUGGCUAGUUUGGCCAAUGGAUCUGCUGAAAAAAGAGAUCAUUUUAUUUUUGGAGCCGGGAGAAGGCUUUGUACGGGAAUUUAUUUGGCUGAAGCUGAAUUAUUUGUUAUUUUUGCAUGUAUACUCUAUUGCUUUAAAGUUGAAAAUGCUUCGCCUACCGGUGAAGAUGGAAAACCUAUCCCAAUUAAUUUGGACAAGCCUAUAAUUGGAUUAACCAUUUGGCCUGAACAUUAUAACAUUAAACUUGUUCCUAGAAAUGAUCGGAUAAUGCAACUUUUAAAUUAG